AUGGAGGAUUGUGGAGUUGUGAUUCACUCAAGCGACACUUAUUCCACUCCCAUGAAUCCAAUUUAUGGUGAGACAAUAAAGAAGAGUUUGGGGCAAGGGAAGAAGAAUAAAACUCAGCAACUGCAGCCACAAGUCGAGGAUGAAGUUGAAGUUGAGGAUGAUGAAGCCCAAGCCCAGGAUGCCCCAAAUUCUUCCACCGUUGGUGUCCCAAAUUCUUCCACAGCUGGUCUUCCUCCUAAUCCAUUAUGGGAAUCCCCUCCUUUGAACAUGAUGAAAAUGAACGUGGAUGGUGCCUCCAAGGGGAGCAGUGGUUUGUCUGGUGGUGGGUGUAGAGAACUGCCAACAGCUGGAAGAAUGCUAUUACUCCAGGACCAAUCAGGUUUGCCUAAGGCAAGGAUCAGGCAGAAUGUGGUAUGUCAUCAUAAGGAAUGGGGAUGA